UUAGUGCAGUAUUUCCAAUGUAUUUAUGAACCGGUUUUCAAUGAAAUGAUUGUUUGGUUAGACAUAGAGUUAGUGUCAGAAACAGUGGUGUAGUUAACGGCAAAGUAAGCAUUGAUCAGAUGGUUGUAUAAGUGUUUGGUAUGUUUUAGCCGCACAUGCAGUCAAUGAGCGGCACUUGUAUUGGACGGAAAAGCAGUUAUGAAUGCAUUGGUUUACUGCCAGUCCUGCGCUUUAGUGACUAAUAUGUCGACUCGUUUUCGGCUAACAGUCGGCCAAAUAAUAAGCAAUAGUAGGGAACGGGUGUCGCACUGGAGUCACCAUUUGAUGCCAUCUACUCUUGAAUGACGAGUUAUUUACCUAUCAGUGUUACUUUGCCUUCACAACCCAUGACAUCCCUGUCCAUUGACUAUUGAUGUAUUUGUUCAUCAAUUAGUCGAUGCAUUCAUUUGAUUCAAAGCUUUAAUUGUGAUUAUCAUUGCAUUUAAUUUGUGGUAAAUAUAAGAUCGUCUAAAAAGUGAUCAGUGAUUACAAUACAGUUAGAAAUCAUUAGUAGAUCUUAUUAUUAUUGUUAAUCAAUUGUGAGGUGUGAUUGAUGUGUUGAUAAGCAAUGGUAUUAUCAUCGAUACCGCACUCGACGUCUCAAAUCGACGCCAGACUUAAGCUAUAUCUCAUAGAAAUGCCCCGAAGGGUGGCCUUCGUCGAUGUCGACCACAAUCACGUGAUGAAUGACAGCGGUGUCGACAAUCCCUUUAGACCGGGAUCUGAGUUGAGCCGAGAAGCAGACAUUAUAGUUAACUUAAUAAAAGAGGGAAAACCUAUUACACCGACCAAAGAGACGGUUGAUUCUCCCAAUGGAUUCAAUGCUAUUAAUGGUAAAAAAGAUAUGAAUCUCUUAGAAAAGUCUCCGGAAAUGAAUGGUACGCCUAAAAGCCGGACUCCGGCUGUCGUUGAAGUUCAACACUCAUUGAUAAUUCCGCCGCAAGAGUCUAAACAAGUGGCCGAAGAGGUAAACCUUAAGAAGAAACGCAAGUGUUGUACAAUUCAGUGAUUUCUUUGGUAUUAAUUCAGUCUUUUAAGGACUCGACUCAUCCGCACAUCAGUUUUGAUAGCAUUUGAAUCAUCAUUAUUGUUGUUAUUAUUAUAUUAUUAUAAUUAUAAUAAUUAUUGUAU